AUGGACGAUACAUGUAGAUCGGGUUAUGAUGUAACCAGUUGCAGUAUCGUUAAUUCUCAUAGUUUCAUAAAUAAUUUUUUAUUACAGUGUGUUAACAUGGCUACUAUUACACGUAAUUUACGCCCUUAUUUAAGAUAUAUUCGUAAUCAAAGAAGAACUUAUGCCGAUGCAGUAGCCGUUAGCAAUGAAAUGAAGUUUACAUUUGCUGGAGCUAAUCAGGUGUUCUAUGACCAAAGUGUAAUAAAACAAGUGGAUGUACCGUCAUUUUCUGGAUCUUUUGGUAUUUUACCAAAACACGUCCCCACUUUGGCUGUAUUGAAACCAGGUGUAAUUACAGUAUAUGAAGAAGAUGGAUCAGUUAAAAAAAUUUUUGUUUCCUCAGGAACAGUCACUAUAAAUGAAAACAAUAGUGUACAGAUCUUAGCAGAAGAAGCUCAUCCUUUGGAAAAUCUUGAUGUAUCUGCAGCUAGAGAAGCUCUUAGUAAAGCUCAGCAACAACUUUCAUCUGCAACAUCAGAACAAGAUAAAGCCGAAGCAGCAAUUGCAGUUGAAGUUGCAGAAACUUUAGUACAAGCUUUAUCAUAA